UUUUGGUUGGAACUGCUCACAUUUUAGUUUUCGCAACGGUCAAAUGGUUCGAGGAAAAAACGCAGAUCAAAAGCAAGGGAAGACAACAAUCUUGUGAGAGGACCGAGCUGAGCCAAGUACAACGAACGUCUCUAACGCUGAUAGUCACAACAAACUUCCGAGAAGACAGCACCAUGACACAACCGAUUUCUGCUACUAACGAGAAUAAUAAGGAGACCAGAACCAUGACGUUGUAUCACAUGCCCGUGUCUCUUGCGUUUUUGCUGGUCAGUGCAGCCGUGGGAAUGGGUGUUUCCUUUUUAGUUGGAUCGACGGCACGAACGUAUUUGCUACACACGCAUCAACAGCAACAGUUGCUAGCAAUACCGCCUCGACAAACGCAGGAAGAAGCUCCCAAUUUUGUUCGGAGUCUGCCGCCACCCGUUCUCGGAACAUCACCCGUGCUUCCCGCGUCGACGAGAUACUCGUCGAAGCGGUUCAAGACGGAGGGAACUGCUAGUGAGUCGUUCCUUGUACGGUCUACUAGUAGUAGUGCAGAUGUGACGUCAAGAGCAACGAAGAGAGACAAGCAAGACGAAACGAAGCGGCAGCGUUUCUCGGUGGAUCUAGCCGGUCGUGCGCUGAAUCAGUUGCAAGACCGACUGUCAACCGAAUCCUCUGUCGUUCAACUUCUCAAGGAAAUUAUGAAAACGAGCCAUAGUACCAUUUUGUCAUAUCACUGUGAUCAAGUCAGUCCCCGACACAUGACAUGCGUAGGCAUUGCUACCCAAGGGCACAUUAUCAUUCACACCGCUCCCCAGCAAGUCUCGAUUGAUGCCAAUGGAGUCUCGCUGGACCAUGCCUCCGUCGAAACUAUUCUUGGUCAGCCUAUGAUUCCAACAUCAGAGCUUGUAGUAAAGAAACAGACUACUGCUGAUGCCAAAACUGAAAGAAAGGAGUUGCGUGUGGCAAGUGCACUGGUACAUCCAGCCAUGUUGGCCUCCAGCAGCAAAGAAACCGAAACCGCCGUCCUUGUGGGAGGUUCCGUAGCGUCUUUGAAGCAACUCUUGCAGCACUCCACUCUGAAGCAUCUCAUUCUUUUGGAGAUGGAUCAAUCAUGGAAUGUCGAAGGAAAGGACUAUCCCCGCGUUGAAAUCCGAAACGAAAAAGCUGCCGAUUGGUUUGCCAGGGCUGAAAACCGCACUGUGGACAUGAUUUUUGUCGAAACGACGCCAGGCACGGUGGAGAUUGCGGCUGAUAUGGAACGAGUACUAAAAAAAGAUGACAGCGCUCUAGUGUUGAAAAUGUCCAUUCAAACGGCUCAAAACCGAGCCGUAAAGUCCCAGUGGCUUGAGGCUCUCGCUGCUAAAGACCGGUUUGGCUUCAUUAAGGAGUACGACGAAGGUGAAGCGAACUUUUUGAUGGCCUUUUCGGACGACCACGAGAUGCUGGGACGAUGGUUUGCUAGCGAAGCAAUGGUUCGGCUUUCCAUUCGCGAAAAGCUACUGCCGCCCUUUGACUACGUCGAUGCCACCGAUAUUAUGUCGUACCACAAUCCCAGCAGACUGGCCGCGGACGCCUUCUGUGACAACAACCCUGAAGAUGAUGCCUGCGAAGGAUUACUUGACCCGGAAAGGGCCCUAGUUCCUAUUUCGUCCUUUGAGGUCAAGCUAAGUACUGUGGAGAAUGCUGGGCGUGGCAUCUUUGUGAAACACGACAUUCAGGAAGGGUCCUACGUCUUUAUCGAUACCUGCGUGCAAAAUGUGUACAUUACGGAUGCCACCAUUCGCGUUGUGGAUGAGUUUGUGGACCAUGCUGAGAACAUGACCAUUCCCCUCAAGACCUGGAACAUCCUUAUGGGGUACGCGGAUGGUUACGGCUUUACUGCCGAAGACUUUGGCUAUCGAGCUUACGAUGUCGAUCCAGGAAUCGCAUCAUUUGUCAACCACGGGUGCAACGGAACCGCCAAUGUGGGUGACGCCGAAUAUCAGUAUCUGACAGAGCUAUCGUACACAGGUUUUAACAUUACAGCAGAUCAAGAGCGAUACAAGAUCUACAAUCCAGCCAUGGAUAGGAGCCGGCGGACUGUGUCUUGCGCCGGAAGCCUAGCCAUGAGGGACAUGGAACAGGGCGAGGAAGUUUUCAACAACUACAUGACCUUUGAAGCUUGGGAUGAUGUGGACGAAUAUGCAGAGUCUCUUCGUGCCGAAUGUGCUGGACAGGCAAUUGGGCAAAUCUCUGAGUAUGAAAUGUCUGCAAAACAACCACGCCAGCUACUUCCUGUACAUGCCAGUGAAGAGCGUCUGCAAUUAUUAGAUUCAAACUUGACAGAGAGCUGUCGGCUUUGUGGGGUCAUGCAAGAUAUAUCAUGAUGCUGCACAUCUAUCUCUGUUGGGGAUUGAUUCUGGAGGUUUGCCUCCGUGUUACAAGUACGAGCCGGCGUUACUUCAUGCUGGAGCGGAGCUUUCUAGUUCUAAAAGUUUUAUACAAUUGGUUUCAU